UCUAUGGCGUAUCAUGAAAACAUUACCCCACUUCUGAAUCCUGCUUCAAAUGCUAGUAUACAUACACCUGCCACUGGUUGACAUAUACAUGAAUGCAGGACAAUAGGCAUAGUGAACUUUGUGUGACUGUUUUCUGCAACACAAGAUUCGUAUCAAUUCGUUAAAUAAAUAAAGCCGAUAUCGAUUGAUCUCAAUACGUCAUCCAAGUUGCUUUCCAAGAUGGGAGUAAUAUUUCUGGAGCACAUCGGUGGCAGUCGUCUCUUCUCCUGCGCUUCUUGUGACACCAACCUCACCAACAGAUCACAACUCGUAAGCACACGCUUUACGGGUGCUACAGGACGUGCUUUCCUCUUCAACAAAGUCGUCAACCUAAAUUAUAGCGAAGUGCAGGAUAGAGUGAUGCUGACAGGUCGUCACAUGGUUCGAGAUGUUAGCUGCAAAAACUGUGACGCUAAGCUUGGAUGGGUAUAUGAAUUUGCAACAGACGAACAGCAACGGUAUAAGGAAGGUCGUGUUAUACUGGAACGAGCUCUUGUCACAGAGAGUGAUGGACUGAAUGAGAAUGUUUAAUAUUUAAUAAGUAGUUUGUAUAUUAAAGAUUAACCAACAUAGUUCUUAUAUAAGUGAUUGCCAUUUUCAACUUGUUCGGUUUUAAUUUUUUCAAUUAGAAGAGACUCUUGGUUAGUGUUCAAUUUGUUCACGCAUAAGCAAAUACUGAUGCGAUUAUUAAUUGUGAUAAACGUCAUUCAACAUUUUCGUGUGUGAAUAUGGUUCCUAUUUUAUAAGAAAAUGUUUCAGAGUCUAUACUCUACGUUAUUUUUCGAUUGAAUCUACAUCUUGUAUAUUUUAUUCAAAAUUGCUGAAUUUACAUAAUAAGAAUAAACAUUAUUUUCUUAUAUAGAUGCAACAUUAAUAAAUUAAUUUUAAUAAUCAUCAGUGUGUUUAUCAAGAAAAUGAAAGAAUGAAGAAAAAAUGUGAGAAUAUAUAUUAUGUAUAAAUAUAUUUAAUAAUUAUGUAUUGAUGAGUGCAAUAUAGAUAUAAAUUAAACUAAUUAAACUAUAUUAUGUAACUUUAUUUAUAUUGUUUUAAUUAUAUAUAUAUAUAUAUAUAUAUAUAUAUAUAUAUAUAUAUAUAUAAUUCAAGAAGCAAUAAUGUACAAGAUGUUUGAAGUUGUGCAUUAAUCAUGACAUUAAUUCGUAUACUUAAUUAAAUGCUGGUCGCUUUAAUAUUGAAUUUUUUCUGCUCAUAUUUAUGGCUGUAAAUAUGAAUUGUGUUUAAAGCUUUAAAUUAUUCAUAAUCACAAUUAGUUUUCUUCAUUAGUAAAUGUCAACAUAAAUUUUUACGCAUCUUGAGUAUGUAAAUAUGAUAAAAGUACAAAGUGAGAAAGCACACAGAUAAACCUUUCCAAGAUUCGUGAAAGUCACAUCUGUUGAUAACUUUGAACACUUUCCAAAUAAAGAAAGGUCGCGUUCAAUAAAGAAGGCGAUAAUUGUUUACAUUUGAUGAUAAGUGUGAAGUACUGAUACAAACUGAUAGUAUAUAUGUAUUAUAAAAUUAUACUUUGUAUUGUAGAAAAAUGGAUAAUAAUCAUAUACAUAGAAUAAAAAUAAAGAGAAUUAUGCUUUAA